UUGCAUGGAGUGAAGGUAGGAGCCGCAAUCUUGGGAUUAUUUUUAGCUGGUGUGAGGCUGGGAUCACGUUGCACGGAGCGGGGAUUCUCUUCUCUCCAUCACCGGGGAACGGCCAGGAUUUGUGGGAUCUCCGCCCGAGGACACUCCGAACAUGGCCAGCCCUGCACUGGAUGUGGAGGAGAUCGCCCCGGAAUCCCCCCCGGAGGGUGCAUGUACGGAGGCGCAGAAGUGGAUCGAGCAAGUUACGGGUAGAAGCUUUGGCGACAAAGACUUUCGCACGGGACUGGAAAAUGGAAUCCUUCCUCUGCGAGCUGUUGAAUGCAAUUAAACCAGGGGCUUAUAAAGAAGAUAAACCGAUUACCAACACCUAUUGCUGGUUUGGAUAAUGUGACAUUAUUUUUACGGGGCUGUAAAGAACUUGGCCUAAAAGAAUCCCAGCUGUUUGACCCAGGAGAUCUGCAGGACACUUCGAACAGAACAGUUAGGAUUUCAGACUGCAACCGGAAGCUAAGAAAUGUACUCGUCACUGUUUAUUGGCUAGGAAAAGCGGCAAACAGCUGUGCGUCAUACAGUGGAAAUCAUCUGGACCUGAAAGAGUUUGAAGGCUUGCUGGCACAAAUGAGGAAGGAAAACGAAGAGGUGGAGAGUCCUAAAAGACGCAUCCGUGACAGCGGAUACAUUGACUGCUGGGACUCUGAGAGAAGCGAUUCUCUGUCCCCACCGAGACAUGGCAGAGAUGAUUCCUUUGACAGCCUGGAUUCAUUUGGUUCUCGCUCACAACAGACACCAUCUCCAGAUGUGGUGCUGAGAGGGAGCAGCGAUGGAAGGGGAAGCGACUCAGAAUCAGACCAACCCCACAGAAGAUUACCCGAUGUCAGGAAAGAUGACAUGUCUGCUCGACGAGUAUCUUUUGGCGAGAACAAAAUAAUAGUGCCUUUUAACCAGUACCUUCCCAACAAGGGCAACCAGACUUCAUACCUCCCCGCACCUCUGAGGAAAAAGAGAGUUGAGCACGAUUACCGGAAAAGUUGGAGUACUGCAACUUCACCACUAGGGGGAGAAAGGCCAUUCAGCCCCAACCACCCUGAAGCAAUUGAGGAAGAACGUAGUGAGGGGCAGAAUGGAGAAGAUGGAGCCUCUUCGCUGAUUAAAGGACAGUUAGGAAUAACUGAAAAAUUUAAAGAGUAUUUCGACCAGCAAGAAAAUGACUUGAAGGAACAGCCAUUAGUCAGUGAGGAGGAGGAGGCUCGGAAAUUAAAAAGCCUUCAAAAAGUUGGAAUAAAGGUCAUGCCUGCAGCAAAGCGUUACAGCAGUCCAAAGCAAUGUGCAGAAGACCAUGAAACGCCAGAGAUUGUAUUGCGGAAAGAAAGCAGCCAUCCAGCUAAUGAGGAUUCUGAAGAGGAAGAAGAGUGUAGAAUGCCAGAUAUCGCGCGAGAUGACUUGGCAACACGCAGAGCAAGAAUGAACCAACCCAAAGUUUCAACACCCUUUAAUCAAUAUCUAGGUUCCUAUAUUGCCAAAUCCAAGCCUUCUCAGGACUCCUCGACUGCAACCACUGCCUCCUUCAAACGUGAUGGGGAUAAAAGCAAAGAAGAAAGUCAAUACGAACCUGUGGAGAAGGAGAUCAUUCAAAAGGAAAAUUUAGCUCAAAGACACAUAGACAACGUAUCUGACCAAGAGGAAGAGGAGAAAGUACCAGACAUUCAGAGGGAUGAUUUGGCCAAGCGUAAAACUCAUGGCUCAGUCGCACAACAGAAGGAGUCUUUGGUUUUUGGCAACUCCUCAAUAACAAAGGCUGACUUGGCAACCUGGCAGAGACUUAAGCUGUCUUCUGAAGAGAGUGAAAGUAUGACAGCAAAACAGAUGCCCAGCAAUGCCAAGGAGCCAAAGAUUGAUGCGACCCGAGCAGCCAGUGAUGACUUUGGUAGACGCAAAUUAUCCUUGCAAGAGAAAAGGGCUCGCAACAAACAAAAAUUUGUACACUUUGGCCAAGUUACUGAGAUUGAUAAGAAGAGAUGGGAUAGGCUCUGUAUUGCCAAACCUGGUGAGGCAAAUGUCAGCGAUGGAAUUGCCUCUGACAUUACAUGUGCCAAGGUGGUCAUUUCAGACACUGCUUUGAAUGUUCAGACAAUGGACACCAUUCCAGUAACACAUCUACAGUGCGAGAUGAGAUGUACUGCAGAAGUUGAAAAAAUCCCAGAUGCCUCUACAGUCAUCAACUGUCCGCAAGGACCAUUACCCGAUACCCAACGAGAUGACAUGUUAGCACGACGAAUAGGCACUUUUCAGAAGUGUGCCAAAGUUGGCCAUCCCUCUCUUACUACUGGUGACAACCAGGAAAAUAUACAUAAUGGAAAUUUGAAGAUCCAAAAGGCUAAAGUGAAGGAAAAUAAACAGCCACUGCAAGAUGAUGAUCAACUCCUGAGCAAGGACAUAUUUCCUGAAGUUACAGCUGACAUGAAGCCUAAUUUAAAUGACAAAACUGAAACAGAUGCAGUACAACUUAAUUCAGCAGAAGAUGCAUGUAAAGAAGACACCAGCUUGCAAAAGGACAGAAGUACACCAGAUCCAGAAAAGGAUGAUAUGAUGGUCAGAAGAAUCUCUGUGAGUCAGAGACCACCAGGGGUAACUCUAACUCACUUCCUUCCAGUGCCAUUUUCUCUACAAAAGACUGAGGAGAAGUCUCAAAUCCUUCAACCAAAGGAGAAGCCGCCCAUCAGCUCCCUAUUCAUGACCACAAUUACUCCAAAUAAUGCCCCCCAAGCCCUUACCACUGUCAGGUCUGACAGUCCAUCAAAAACACUCCAGCAGAGCGCAGCAGAAGAGCCCAAUGAAUUAAGAGAUGAUUUGAUGUGUCAACCAGCUUGCAACCCUAUUGAGGAUAAUUCCAUAUGUGCAGAGCUUAAGUCCCAACCACCACAGGAAACGUUUGAAAGUCCUGACCGUGAAGUACCGAGAUUCAGCACACAGUCGUCUCUGUCAGAUGACACAGAGAGUGUGAGCAUGUGUGACAUGAGAUACGAAGAUGAGGGAUGUAUGCUGCCUCACAGCAGAGCUCACCAUGAAAACUUGCAGUUUGUCAAUGACCUGCUCAAGGAGGAGGAUGAUACAUGGCAAGAUGACUUGGCCCGGUGGAAGACUCGCAGGAGAAGUGCAUCGCAAGACUUGCUAAAGAAAGAAGAAGAAAGAAAAAAGAUGGAGAGGUUACUUAGUGGGGAACCUGACUUGAGUGAAAGAAGGAAAAGCAUAAAAACUUACAAAGAAAUAGUAGAGGAAAAAGAACGAAGAGAGAAAGAUUUGCAUGAGGCUUACAAAAACGCCAGGACGAGAGAGGAAGCAGAAAAAAUACUGCAGAAAUACAUUGAGAGGUUUACCAUAAGUGAAGCUGUUCUUGAACGUUUAGUGAUGCCAAAAAUUCUGGAGAGAAGCCAUUCAGUAGAGCCUGGCUUACUCUCUUCAUCGGAGGACCCUAACCCAUUGAAGUAUCUGAGACAGCAGUCUACGCCUUCUCCAAAAUUUACUUCUACAGUAGAAGCAACUAUAUCUCCUACUUCUGAAUUGGACUUUAAAGCACCCAUGGGUCCCAUAUCACCAACAAAAAAUGUGGUCUCAAAGGCAGUGCCUAUGUUAACACCUAAGCCUUAUUCCCAGCCCAGAAAUACACAACAUGUUCUCAAAACUUUCAAGGUAGAGGGAAAAGUGAGUAUGAAUGGAGAGGCAAUGAAUGGCACAGAGGAACACAAGGAAAUUGGAUCAAGUGGAGUCCAAAUGUUUUGUCCAUCACUGACCAGAUCACAGAUGUUUGAAGGUGUAGCCAGAGUGGAUGCACCAGCAACAGUGUUGGAGCCAGAUGCGUCAUCCAUUGAACUUAGUUUGAAAAGGCCGAAUAUACAAAAUUCUAUCAAGGACAAAGAAAUUUUGUCUGGUGAAAGAAAUUGCAGUGAUGUGGUUGAUGGAACACAUUCAUCUUUGCCUACCAAUGUCCACAAUGAGCAGACAGCUGAAGGUAUAACACAGCAUAAUAAGGAAAACCCAAUUGUCACCAGCUUAGAGUUCACACCACCGCCUGAAGCUGUCGUAAAUGGAAAAGACCAAGAAGAGGAACAAAAGGUUGAUCCCAAAUCACUGUCUCUGGAUUUCAGCAUCAAGAAAGAAAAAGAAACUGCAUUGCAUCAAGUGAAAGCAACACAGGACAAUGGACAAGAGCCACUGCGGAAAGAACAGCAUGGAGAUCCAGAAAGCAGCGGGAGCUCAGCAGUACCAAUACCCGCUUUAAAUUCUCCAUCGCGGUUUUGUUCUUGGGAUCCAGAAGAAGAGCGAAGACGACAGGAGCGGUGGCAGCAGGAGCAGGAGAGGCUGCUACAGGAGAGAUACCAGAAAGAGCAGGAAAAGCUAAAGGAGGAAUGGGAAAAAGCUCAAAAAGAGGUGGAAGAGGAGGAACGUAAAUAUUAUGAGGAGGAGAAGAAAAUCAUCGAAGACACCUUAAUGCCAUUGACAGUUUCCCCUGCUACAAGUUUACAUCGUGGUGUAUGUGAGAUGAAUGGAAGCACAACUCCCAGCCACAGAGAGCAAGAAACAACCUCUGAAGAGACUUGGACAGAGGCCAAAAGCUGCGUGAAAGAGGCAGCACAGCCAGAAGAUAAUGAAUCGCAAGUGCCGUUGUGGACACUGGAGGGAGCUCUCAAUAGACCAGAAGAGCAGAAUAACGGAAGCAGCAGAUUGGAAACAGAAGACAUGGUGGCAGUGACAUAUGACAACAACUAUACACACCAACAACAGUGCAAUACACCCACCAGCCUUCGCUUACAAUUUGGUGUAAAUUUGGAAUCCCAUGUGGCUGAGGACGUGGCAUCUCUUAAUAAUUUUGUGGAUAGUAAAAGCAGUCAGCCGAUUAGAUCGCCCUGUGUAGAUUCAAAGGGACUGGAUUCUCCAGAGAACCCCAGGGAUAUCAUCAAUUCCUCACAGUCUACUUCUUCACAAGGCCAGUCACCCAACAGGUACAAAAGGUCUGUAAGUGGAAAGAAACUUUGUUCCACAUGUGGAAUACCACUUGGAAAGGGGGCAGCCAUGAUCAUCGAAACUCUUAGUCUAUAUUUCCACAUACAGUGUUUCAAGUGUGGGAUUUGUAAGGGACAACUUGGUGAUGCAACGACAGGAGCGGAUGUCAGGAUUCGCAAUGGCCUAUUAAACUGUAAUGAUUGUUACAUCAGAUCCAGAACGGCUGGACACCCUACACCAUUGUGACUUCAUCAGCAGCCAUGAAGAGCAUUCGGAAAGGCGGAGCUCCCCUUUCGUGUGGAUGGACUCCAGACAAUCACUUUUACCUGCAGAUACCCUGACACUCAUCUCAUGUGGAGAGAGGAACACUGUGUGUGUGGUGCUUACUACUAGCAUACUACAUGAUUUGCUUCAUAUUUCAUAUGCAGAAAGAAUAUGGUAGAUUAAAUCUGUGGAACACCACAGAGGAGUAUUGUUUAUUUGCCAAGAAGAGUGAAGUCAAGCCCUGGUUUACAAACAACCUGCAAACUGUGGCAACGCUUAAAGCGGUGUGUCCUGGAAGUGUGUAUUGUGCUACAUGUUCUGACGUGCCUCUUUCAAUUCAACUUAAAAAUUAAAGGUGCAAUCGAUUUGUACUUGGUCUAAUUAUAGGGCUUCAUCUUAUGCACAAGUACAGAAAAUGUAACCAGCAAACAGCGAUACGCUUACACUUACAGCACUGUGCAUAUUGUUUUGAAUGGCCAUGAAGAUGAUUGUACCUGUUCCUGGGGAACGGACAUCCCUACUUGUGCUCACUGGUGGCCUCUACUUUUCAUGGCCAGCUUGUAGGCAAGCCUGUAGUAACGCCAUUACCAAUAUUUUAAAUAUCAUUAACAAAAAGAUAAAUCACCGUAAUGUUUAGCGAGCAAGUUGUCCACCUCCUUAAAGGAAACAAACUAGAAUAACAUCACAUACAAUGUCACAGCAUUUAGUGUGGUGGAUAUUAUUUGUGUGCUACUUUUACGCAGUGCAAGACAGAAAAUCAAAUUGGCCUAAGUAUUUUCUGCACAAGUUAAAGAAUUGCUCUGCCGCAGUUCUCCGUAGUUGCACAAGAUGGCCUAGUUCCACAUUGAACAGCUGUACAUUUUUUGUAUGUGUAAUUUGUCCCUUAAGUGCUGAGGCCAGGGUUUUUAGUUCAUAUUAUUAUUUGAUGCGAGCAUUGGGUUUGGCACACGGAAGAUUUGGUAGAUCUAGUCUAAUCUCUUAGGCUUUUCACAACACUUGAAGAAUGUCUGCACAGCACUGAUUGGGUCUGUUAAUGUACAAGUGCACUAUUAGUGAUGUGGAACAAUGCUGUUGUGACAGAUAGGAUCACAUUCUGCGUCUGGAUGUUUCUUAAACUCGUAGUGUAGAUUUACUUAAUAGGAUAUUGAAAAACUCUAGCUGUGUACAUGUUGAAACCAAAUGAGGUCCCAGAAUUCCUUAAGGUUUUCAGUAUAAUGAAUAUUAAUGAUAUUACGUUUAGUGAGAACGCUAUAUUUUGGGGUCUAAAAGCAGUGGCCAACUGAGGGGUUAUCUCAUCACACCAGGGGGCAGCUCUUCACAUUAAUGACUUGGGGGAGUAGAGUGUCAUAUUUCCAUUCUCCUCACUAGCAGAUGGACCCCAUAUUUUUGGAAAAAGUUGGAUCCUUUUUGGUUGACCCAAUUUAUUUUGCUGCUGGGAAGACAGUCCAAUUGAAAUAUGAUUGCUUGGUCCCUUGGUUCAGUCUCUUAGCAUGUGGUACCCAUAAGGACGACUGUGUAGUCAUGUCAGUGAUGACAACCAACUCACAGGUGACACCUUAGCGUGUCUGUUAAAAAAAAAGUAUUAAUGUUACUGUUGUCUAGACAAUAAUAAUUUACCACAUCUUCUUAAAGUGUACUUGUUAUCCUUAAUUUGGGCAGCAGCUGUGUAGGUCCAGUCAUUUUUUAUUUUUUUGUAUCUGACCAGUUGAGGAAGUACCCCAGUGGCAUUAUGAUGUGCUAAGUGAAUUGGCAAGUUGCGUUCUCUGAAAUAUAUGCCAGUCUACAAUAUGUCUGCUUUGUUGUGCUUGGGUAACAAGUACACAUCAAGCUAGAAGUUAUUUAUUUAAGCACUAGUGUUAUUUUUAUCAUUUUUUUUUGCAUGUGUUUAGUAAUCGCUAGAAGUGACCCUUUAUUUUGUAUUGACCUUAUAUGGUUCUGUUACAUUACAUCAUACAUACUAAUUAUUUACAUUAUAACAUACAAAAUGGUGCCUUAAAUGCAAUGCUGUUUCACAUCUUUAUAUGUGUGACAGACCAAUGCAAUACAGCUACAACACAAGGAAGGUAAUGAGGGAGGCAAGGCAGAGUCUGAUUAGCUCUAUACAUUUUAUAGAGUGAUGAGUUUGUUUUGCUAUUAUAUACUUUGCUGAUGUGCUUGCAUGGUUCAUGACUAUAAUGUUUACACAAUUUGCAUGGUGUCUGCAAAUACUUUAUAUUGUAUUCCAGCAUUGCACAACACAGACAUGACAAUAUUGAUUUUUGUUUUAUAACCAGGAUUUUUUAGUAUAUCAAAAUCAUCUGUAGUAUUGAAAAUACAUACUAAAGAUGUACUGCCCUAUGUGAGUUUUUAUCUCAAUGGGGAUAUGAUAUAAUAUCUGCAUACAAGCUCUGGGGAAAGAAGUGGCAUGUUUAGAAUAUUGGGAUUCGCAUGCUUUAUUCUAGUCACCAGCACUAAAUAUGGACAUGGGGAUCUUAAUGAGAAUAUUUCAUGUAGUUUACAUGGAUGAUAGGAGCAGCGGGUGGUCUUGUAUCAACGCUUGACAAAAAUCUCCUUUAAUCUCCCGUCUAAUCGCCAAAAUGAAUCUUGCCCUUUGUUUAAAACAGGACUCUAAGGUGAUGCCUGUUUGAUUUGCUAAAUCCGUACAUUUACUGUAUGUAGACAUACUGCAAAUCAUUUGCAGAACCCCCAGGUCAUCUUAUGAUGCAGGGCUCAAAUGAGCCACAGAUGUCCUCUGUGCUGGAUGGUUGUUCGAUUCAUACUCCACCUGAGAAAUCCCUCCAUGUCUACUUGGCUAUUUUGGUGUCUACAGAUUUUCUCUUUAAGGAAACACCACCUGUAUAUUUCUCAUUCACCCACCGCUCAGAUUUUGUAGACUGCAGGAUUCUAUAGAAAGUAUAGUGUCUGUGUCAUCUGUACAGGAGGCAGCUGUUUUGAGGGUUGAAUUCCAAAGUGCAGUUUGGACUUCAUUACCUUCAGCUGGCUUGGGAUCCAUAACAUUGGCUUGGUUUUGAUCUUCAUAGCCACGUCUUUGGACUGGUUGCAUCAGUUGUUAUCCAUUCUCAUACAGCACUUGUUGAGCCAGUAUUUGGCCUAAUAAUUCACUAGAAAAUAGUGACACCACUGCAAAUAGAUGGAUUUAUUUACUGAGAGCAAGUGACACGUAUAGCAUUGACAUUGAUUACUGGUGAACUGAUAGGCCAAACUACAAAUUGGUCAUUGAGCCUUCAGAAUGGUUGCCUCCCAUGUGAUGACUGCCAGGCACAUUUUAAGGAAUAUUAGACGAUC